CUAAAUAAACAUCAUCAACUUUUGUAACGAUGCAACGGGUUAUUAUAUUGCUUAAGAAGUUGUAAUAAGAAUGUUGCAAAUUUUAUGGAAUUGGGAUAGUGAAUUAUGGAUUUUGCUGCAUGAGACCUCUUGAUGAAUAAUGUCUAUUUAUCAUGGUAGAUGAGAUGGUUUUAUGUGGUGAUUGUUGGUGCUGGAUUUUAUGAUCCAUCUGGGGAACUCCUCUGAUGACCUGCAAAAGGACGAAUGCAAGAGGGUUCCCCCUAUUUGACAUGCCUGGCACUCUCUUCUAUUUAUGGUUUAGGAGGUAGAUAAAGAUUAGAAUCCUCGACGACUUUAGAGUUUUAGUUGUGUCUCUUUUUGAGAUGGUUAAGCUUUUAGGUUAAGCUUGGUCUUCAUGACACGAGACCCUAUUUGUGUACAUAUGCUCCGUAUCAUCAUGCUAUAAUGUCCUUAAUCUGGUAUCAUAUCCAAACAGUGAUCAAAUUUUAGUUAGUUGGAUGUGAAAUUGGUGGGACACUCUAUCAUGGCUCAGUAAAGACGAACUGACAUUUUUUUAAUGGUUUUUAAGUUGUUAAAAAAUUGUAACAUUCCUUUUUGAAUGCUAGAAUUUAACUGGAUAAAACGAGAACAGAAUUACGAUUACGUGGUGAUCAAGUUCAAUCACUUGGUUCUAAGAUUGAUACUGGAGGGGCAACUUAAAUUACCAGAGAAUCGGGAAUGCGCCGACUGCAAAAGCAAGGGUCCAAGAUGGGCUAGCGUAAAUCUUGGAAUUUUUAUAUGUAUGCAAUGUUCUGGGAUUCAUAGAAGUCUUGGAGUACACAUUUCAAAGGUGAGAUCUGCUACACUUGAUACAUGGCUACCUGAUCAGAUUGCAUUUAUACAAACUAUGGGAAAUAAGAAAUCAAAUAGCUUUUGGGAAGCUGAAUUGCCUCCCAGAUACGAUAGAGUUGGGACUGUGAACUUCAUUCGUGCAAAGUAUAUAGACAAAAGAUGGAUUUCUCGUGAGCGAAAAGUUGAAGAUCAUUUGAGUAUAAAACGAGAAGAGAAUGUUUCAGUUUAUAAACCUGUGACCACAACCAGUGCCUCAACUAGGGUCAUUGUCCAUUUACCUGAGCCAAAACAGACCCCUCAGCUUUACAAUAUGAACAAAAGUAUACCUCACGUUCCUCCUAAAGUUCUUGAUCAGCAGAUCAUUGUUCGACCCAAACAAAUUGAACCUGAAUCAAAAACAGAGAAACCUAAAGCUGUGGAGAUUGUAUUGGAUCGGAAGGUUGAUGAUUAUCAUGCCACUGAUCUUUUCGAUCUGCCACGGGCAGAAAAUGGCCCCAGUCCUUCUGUUAGUGAUGAGAAUCCAAUACCAAGAAUCCAAACAUCUGGUCCAAUGUUACCGGUGGCAGAAGACAAUGAUGCCAAGAAAUCAAGUAACAAAGUGCAAAUUAAGUCCGAAUUUGAGGAUCUGUUUCAAGGGUUAGAUUGGGUUGUGCCGGUGCCGCCUCUUACUCAAGAACCUUAUAAAGAAGUAAAAACCGACAAUGUGAAUCUUUCCGAGAAGUCAACCAUGGUGCCACCAUUUUCCGUUGAGCAACAAGUAGCAGUUCAUACUCAACGACAAUCUAAGUUUGUGGGUAAUAAUCAAAAUGGCAUGAAUGGUCUCCACCGUCUUCCAAAUCAGAUGGGAAACAUCAAAGCUUCACAACCUAUUGGAAAUCCCGGUUUUUACACAAUAACCAGUAUGUAUGGUUCAAAUAGAGCUGGCAUGAGCACCAAAAGUUUAGGAGCAAGUAGACCGUCCACGACAUCUAAGGGAUCGUUAAGCAUCCCGACUCAGUUAGGAGGCGAAUACGACUUCUCGUCAUUAACGCAGGGGAUGUUUACAAAACGAUAGUCAAUUUCGUCCAUUGGUUUUUAAUCAUAGAAAAUAGAAGUCGAUAGUAAUUUAAUUAUUGAUUUGAAGUUGUAUAUUUGCAUUUCAUUUGAAUUGUUGUGUUCUUUAAACGAAAUAAUAGAAGUGUAUUUCAUUUCAAUAGAAGAAAGAAAAGCAUGCAUUUGUUU